GGUCCCCUCAGAGAUGGCUUUACGGGCAGGUGGGAAUUCCCACCUGAAUUCUUUGAACACGCAAAAAAGCUCUGGGAUGAUGAAGGCGUAAAGGCAUGCUUUGAGAGGUCGAACGAAUAUCAACUGAUUGACUGUGCACAGUACUUUUUGGAAAGAAUUGACAGCGUCAGCAUGGAUGACUACACACCCACAGACCAGGACCUAUUAAGAUGCAGAGUGUUGACAUCAGGGAUUUUUGAAACAAGAUUUCAAGUAGACAAAGUAAAUUUCCACAUGUUUGAUGUAGGUGGCCAGAGAGAUGAAAGAAGAAAAUGGAUCCAGUGCUUUAAUGAUGUCACGGCUAUCAUCUUCGUUGUGGCUUGCAGCAGCUACAACAUGGUAAUAAGGGAAGACAAUAACACAAACAGACUACGGGAAUCCCUGGACCUUUUCAAAAGUAUCUGGAAUAAUAGGUGGUUACGGACCAUUUCUAUCAUUUUGUUCUUGAAUAAACAGGACAUGCUGGCUGAAAAAGUCUUGGCAGGGAAGUCAAAAAUCGAAGAUUACUUUCCCGAAUACGCGCAUUAUACUGUACCUGAGGAUGCAACACCAGAUGCAGGAGAAGACCCCAAAGUCACAAGAGCCAAGUUCUUCAUCCGGGAUGAGUUUUUACGCCUGACCCCUUUUCCCCCCCCCCCCCCCCUCUGGACGGCGAGCGGCGAUGGCAGGCACUACUGCUACCCCCACUUCACGUGUGCAGUGGACACGGAAAACAUCCGCAGGGUGUUCAACGACUGUCGAGACAUCAUUCAAAGGAUGCACCUCCGCCAGUACGAACUCUUGUGAGGGGGAUCACUGUGGAACCUGUGGUUUUAAAUUCUUUGCUCCUUACUCUUUCUCUUGAUACUGCCCCACACAGGGUGGAAGAAUAUACUAUAGAAAUGUCAGUCUC